AUGAUCACCUUGGGCCUGGCUCGUACGCUACUGCAGUACAGUCACAACAGCAAGGAUGCUCCUCCGACAUUGGAGUUGAAUAUGGCGGAGUACAGCCCAGAAGUUCUGCAAUUGAUUGGAGAAGCUAUAGUGCACAACACGCGCAUUGGAUUUCUGGAUGUCAAUCUGUGUCAAGGAACGGUCCCCACCGAAUGCUUGACGGGCAUUUUGGAAUUUGUGUCGCGCAAUCCAUCCUUGCAGAGUCUGCUGUUGCAAGGUGGAUCACCUCAAGAGGGAAAUUCCAAUGAAGUGACACAGUUACUCCUCGAAGCGGCGGGACGCAAUCCGUCCAUUCGACGGCUCCAAGUGGGAAAUCGAACCGAUCCAUUCAAUCCUACGUUGCCUCAAAAUUUGGAUUUCCUCCAGUCCAUGACCGAAGUGGUAUUGCUGCUAUCGGACCAAGAGACUCCCAAAGUCUGGCCCACCUUGGAUUCCGGCAUUACCACGCUCCGAUUGGAACGGAAAUUGUGUCAACCCAUGGACGACUAUGAACGCGCCGUAUCCACGGCCUUGGACAAGUUGGAACAGAAUACACAUUCUAUUGGUCCAGUAGAUGAACCACUCAACAACAUGACAACUACUCAUACUGCUACCAAAGUUAGCGGCAUCCGAAACUUGUCCGUGGAUGGAUGGAGUUCGAGACUUCCGUCCUUUCUGUCGUCUUCCAGCACUGCUAUUGAACGGCUCGAUUUGUACGAAGUGGACUUUACUCAACAGGAAGACGGCACCUCUCUCAUGGACGAGUUGAUACUGGGACUCGGGGAAAGUACCACUACCACCGAACUCAUCCUGGAUGCCUGUCAGUUCGAUACUCGCGCGGUUCAAAAACUUGUUCAUGCCUUAAAGAAGGACGUCGACAAGCAGCUUGCGAUUCAACACAUUACCAUUGAAGGAUUUGAGGGAUUCCGGGGACAAGAUAUGUUGCAAUUCUUUCAGUUGCCCUGUCUCCACGGGCUGGAAGUCAUGGGCAAUGAUGCCAAUGGUGAAGUAGAUGACAUGAUUGAUGACGUCAAUGAAGGCUUGUUGGAGUGUACCUUGCAAAACAUUACGCUAUCCAUCAACCUCUUGGCUCGAUUGGAAACGGGCUUGACGCAAGCGUUGCAACGUGGAAAGCUCCAACACUUGGAACUCGAUCGAUGCAAUUUGAGUGUGGAGGCGGAUGCGGAGUGUCUGUUCGGUCUACUGAAAAACGGCAAUUUGCGGACACUGGCAUUGGACAGUGUCAUGUGUGGCUUUGACUUUCCGGGAGAGGAAUCGUUGGAAUACAAGGUUUUCGAGUGCCUCCAACAGAACUCCGGACUGGAAAAACUGAGUUGGAGAUACGGCGAAGCACACUACCCCAUGGAUUUCUACACGGCACUGGUCGGUAGUUUGCCAAGUUUGAAACUCUCCACACUCAAAAUGUCGUCGUCGUGUCAUUCCAUCGCCGAAGUCCAGGACGUCAUUGGCGAGAUUGCCACCACAAGCGCCAAGGAGAAUUGGAGUCUGGAAGUCCUUCAGUUUUCGGGCUGGAGUGCGGGCGUCGAAGACUUGUUUCCCGAUCCCGUCUGUACCGCCACGCAACAAGAGCAGAUUGCUGCCAUUGCGGAACGGAACCGUUUGAAAAAGCUCAUUUUCUCGGCAUCGAUUGGCAGCAUGAGUCAAGAAGAUUGCAUCCAUACCUUGGCAAGCUUGUGGGAGUUGCCCGAUUGGGUAUCACUGACAUUUUGGUUGUUGGAGGAAGUGCCGCAUUUGUUCUUUUGA